AUGUCCGUGGAAUACGAUGAGGUCGACACGAAGGUGCACAACUACUGGAAAGAACACUGCCCGGAUCUGAUCAUUCACGUCGGCGUGCACCCUGUAAAGAAGACGAUCAAGUUUGAGCAGCAAUCGUUCGGGGAUGGCUACUGCCGGGGCGAUGUGGCUGAGAAGUUGCCAGACAAUGGUAUGGCCCCAAAUUGCACUGUACACGGCGCCGAGUUGCGCUCGGGGAUCAACUGCCUGGAUUUGGCGGAACGGGUGACCGGGGCCACUCGAGAAAAACACCCCGGGCUCACGAUCAUGGCCAGCGAGGACCCGGGCCGAUAUCUCUGCGGAUUCUCCUUCUACAUCUCGCUGUGUCACGACAAAUCGAAGGCACUCUUCGUGCACAUCCCGGAAUUUGAUGAGGAUGCUACCCUCGAGGCAAUCACCGAAAAGAAGCUAAACAUCCCCGACGCAGCCCAGCCCGUCGUUUGCGAAGUGGAAAAGCCGAAAAGGGUCCUGACCGACGCGGAGCGGCAGCGAAUGGAGAAGAUCGAGACGAUGAAAUGCAAAUCGAGCACAAAAGGCCACGACAUACAACAAGCCGACAUUCGUUUCCUACACGUUGAAGCCACCGGAAACGCGCAGGGAAAGUUCGUGCUAAUCGAUAAGAAGUGGACGGUCAGUCGCUGCGUCGACACGACUAUCCGUCACUUCGCGCUCGUCAACACCGGCAGCGACGCUUGGGCAAAGAAAUAUCAACUCUACAAAGACGGCCAGAGGGAGCCGUUGAGCCCGUCGGAAGAAAUUGGCAAGCUCGUCGACUUCAACAAGAAUAACCAGCGGACCAUGGCCCGCCAGAGUACACCAAUUCCAACUUGUCGAAAAAUUCGGCUUAUCAGCAUUACCAUGUUGUCGAAGGGCAAUUUCUUGUUCGUCGCGUGCUACAGCAUCGAGGGACUUAUACAAAUUGAAUGCGAAUGUAGCUGGCCGGGCGUUAUGCAGCUUGGAUUGAAGAUGGCGGGAGUUGGUGAUAUUUUGAUGGAAGCUGGUGAAUCUCGGGCAACAUUCGAAGAACGCGUUUGCCUACAUGAUAUCAAGUAUGGGCGGGCGAUCGAGCUGUUGAAUCGGCUUUUCUACGGUACACGACCACAAGCGAGCAGCGUCAACGUCUCAGACUUUUCGGCGGACCCGGCGAUCUGGCCAAAAGAUUGGCGCGACGAAGUUCGGCCUCCCGGCAGUCUGGAAUUGUUCAAGCGACCAUUUGCCCUGGUUGCGGACGACGCUAGCGAAUCCAAUUUGAAAAGCAAACUGGAUUGGCUUCAAUGGAGUGGCUGCGCAGCGGAGACGGCCGUCAUGAUGAGCUAUAAGAGGCUUAGAACGGACACUGGAGUUGCUGUUCGAGUCGUUGCCGACGACACGGCACUUCCGACGUGGAAUGGACCUUGUGGCUUACGAAAGCGAUUCUGGACCGACCGCCAAAAAAACACCACCAACGCAUCACAGAAGUUCAGUUUCGCCUCCAAAAGCAGUUUGAACAAGCUGAACUGGAGGCAAGUCUUCAAAAAGUGUGCUCAGUGUCAUCGGAAGGCGAUCAUGCCACCGUCAGUGUAUGCAUACGCAGCAACGAAGAACCUUGGACGCUCAAUUUUGGCGCGCAGGCUCGCAGUAUUGUUGGACCCCGGACGACCCUAUCGAUUGGCACAACUAUGUUACUUAUUGGUAGUCGUGCCGAAGAGCGUGUACAAGAACGUCCCAGUUGGUGCGGCGAUUGCGGUCAACGGAAACUGCGCCAAGAGUCGCGGUGCAGAGCAAGACAUGGAAUUGCACGCCGAGCAGCUCAGAAUUUGUGCCACUGAUGAGAAUCCUGACUACGAGCCGAAAUCUGCGGAUACGAUACGCCAAGCGGUGCAUUUGAGGGCCAGACAUCCGGGCUUCGCCGCCAUAAUGCGACUCCGCUCUAGACUGACAAUGUUGACGCAUACGUUUUUCGAGGAAAACGACUACGUGCAUAUCGACACGCCGGUGCUGACGAGCAACGAUUGUGAAGGGGCCGGCGAAACGUUUACGGUGCACGGUGAAAAGCACGACUACUUUGGCGUCAACAAGAAGAUGUUUUUUGGAAUUCCGCGAGUCUGCACGAUCGGCAGCGCGUUCCGUGCCGACAUCCAGCCUCACAGCCGCACACACCUCGCCGAAUUUCGGAUGUUAGAAGCUGAAAUGGCGUUUUUGCGAAACCCUGGCGGAGGUUGUCGAGAAGCACAUGUUGUUCGUCCGCAGGCCUCGCGGCGCUCAAAAGGCGACGUCCAAUUGAACCGGUCAUUUGUCAAGGAAGAAUCGGAGGAGAAGUUCAGGGAGCAAAACGCCCAGCCGGCCUUGGUGCCAGCGCACGCCACGAUGAUUACAGCCUCAACUUCAGCCCUGAACGAUCACAGCUAUUCAAAAGAGAUGGACCCCAGCGAGAAUCCAGAAGACGCUCAGUGUGGGCAACCGAUUCCCGACCUGAAGGCAGAAAUUAAAAUCUUAAACGAUCUAAAGAAAGCAUUUGACAGCCAGCGAGUCGAAAUAAUCAUGGUUCAAUAUAACUUGCCAGAGAACUGCAAGAUGCCGCCGAUCCGCCCGAGCAAGCCCUUCGAUUGCUUGGUGUGUGAAGGCGAGAAGUGGGAGCGAGCCACGGGAAUCAUGAUGAACAUUUGCUUGGGUUGUGGAAAUUUCGCGGAAACUUGGCUACCCAAAUCGCUUAGUCCGAUUUGCGUAGAUUACCUGAGAAGCGAUCGCAGAGUACAACUGGAUUUUGACGACAAAUGUCGAACAUGCCGAUUUCGACGAUUGGUGGAAGGCAAUUAUCGAGGAUGGUUCACACGGAAAAAUGACUUGCUGGCACUCGAUAAAGACGAGCGCAAACGUUACGAGAAGAUAGCGGCAUUCAAGGUGCUGAUCCUGAAUACGCGUGAG